AUGCAUGAAAAAUCAAGCGUAUCAAAUCUAUACGAAGAAGAGAAACAACGAAAUCAUUCUACUACUAUUACAUUCAAUUUAAGUGAAUAUAUUACAAUGAGUGCCAAUAAAGAACUUACUCAAGAACAAAUAGAUGAAAUCAAUCAUUCUUUUCAGGAACUUGAUAAAAACCAAAAUGGAUAUGUAAACAAAUCUGAAAUUAAAGAACGUAUGAAAAAAACACAUCUAGAGGAUCUGGAUGUAAUAGUUGAUCAUUAUCUACGAAAAAUGGAUCAAAAUGCAGAUGAACAAGUUAGUUAUGAUGAAUAUCUCAAGUUUAUGACGGCUAUCUAUCUUGGUGAACACAAAAACUUAAGAAAAAAAUGA